CGUCAAUCACCGAAUUAAAGACCGCGACGCCGAAUUCACCAACACGACAUUUCCUCUGGUCUUCCAGCGUCACUCAUUAAUCUCCCCUCGUCUCUGCUCCUCCAGCAGGAGAGCGCCGCCCUUUCCAACCAUGUUAUCAAUAGCUGGACAAUCCGCCCUGCGAGCAAUUCGCGCCCAGUCUACUCCCAGCGCCCUUUCAUCCAACUUCCAGUCGUCGUCCCUCGCACGACUGCUUUCCACACUUGCCAUCCUGGAGCAAAGGGAUGGCAAACUCAACAGCGGCUCGUUAGGGGCAGUCACGGCAGGAGGAAAGCUCGGAGGCUCUGUGCAUGGCUUCAUCGCCGGCACAUCGGCGAAGACGGUCGCACAAGAAGCAUCAAAAAUCAAAGGAUUGGAGAAGGUCAUCGCGGUGGAGAAUGAAGCAUAUGACAGAGGGUUGCCCGAGAACUGGGCGCCGCUGCUGCUAGAGAAUAUCAAGAAAGGAGGCUACACGCAUGUGAUUGCAGCGCAUUCGGCGUUUGGCAAGAGUCUGCUCCCGAGGCUGGCGGCAUUGCUGGACGUUCAACAGAUUUCGGAUGUUAUGAAUAUCGAAGGCGAAGACACGUUUGUCAGACCUAUAUACGCCGGCAACGCCAUCCUCACGGUUCAGAGCACCGACCCCACCAAACUAUUGACAGUGCGUCAAACCUCCUUUGCACCUGCAGAGAUAGAAGGCGGUUCUGCUAGCGUCGAGGACGGCAUCGAUCCCAAGACUGAGUCGUCAACGGAAUGGAUUUCUGAAAACCUUACAAAAUCCGAUCGCCCUGAACUCGCUUCCGCCGAGAAGGUCGUCUCCGGCGGCCGUGGCUUGAAAUCCAAAGAAGAAUUUGAUCGGUUAAUGCCCCCGCUGGCAGAUGCGCUGGGGGCGGCGAUCGGGGCUUCGAGAGCGGCAGUGGAUAGCGGCUUUGCGGACAACAGUUUACAGGUCGGCCAAACAGGGAAGAAUGUCGCACCUCAGCUAUAUUUGGCCGUGGGAAUUUCGGGCGCCAUUCAACAUCUCGCUGGCAUGAAGGACAGCAAAGUCAUUGCAUGUAUCAACAAGGAUCCGGAUGCGCCAAUCUUCCAAGUCGCGGAUGUGGGAUUAGUCGGUGAUCUGUUUGAAAGGGUACCUGAGUUGACGGAGAAAUUGAAGUCCCAAUGAUGUUUGAUGUGGUCAAGAUGAAAGGUUCUAGUGGUGCUUUUUUUUGUGAGGCUAAGCUCAGUGGCGGUGCGAUAUCUUGGGAUAAGGUAGCGUAGCAACUUCUCCUUGGCCUUCCCUCCAGGUAUGCAUAAAAUGUCUCAGACGCACAGAAAAUACGGGAUUGGUCCCCAAGGCACCUUGAUGGCUUUCGAGGGAUUAUCCGAUGAACAACAGUGGAUAAGAAGGUCUGUUUGUAAAAAAAAAAAAAAAAAAA